AUGCAAUCCAACAACAUUUUCAUGAACAGCAAAAGGAUCACCGCCCCCACCGUCCCCAACAACCCCUCCUCCACCACCCACCGCCGCACCGCCUCCGCCUCCGCCCAAGCCUGCGCCGCCUGCAAGUACCAGCGCCGGAAGUGCGCCGCCGACUGCAUCCUCGCCCCCUACUUCCCCCACGACCGCCAGCGGCAGUUCCUGAACGCCCACCGCCUCUUCGGUGUCAGCAACAUCAUCAAGAUCGUCCGCCGCCUCGAUCCGCCGGCCAAGGACGCCGCCAUGCGCACCAUCGUGUUCCAAUCCGAGGCGCGCGCCGUCGACCCCGCCGGCGGCUGCUACCGCAUCAUACGCGACCUCUGA